CUUUGGGGAACAUUAAUUGGGAGGAGACUAGCUUGUUUAGAGAGGAAAGAGAUCUGCACUCUGAAUGAGAUGGAGAAACGGGUUAGGCUCUCAUGGUGGGAGGGGACUCAGAGAUGGCAGGAAUCAUGCUUUGUGGAGUUAAGACUGACAGAGCGUUUGAGCAUAUGCUGUGAUGCUGUUGCAAGACUACGCUGAGCAAUGUGCAGCUGAACCUGACAAAUCCGGAUUCAGUACAGAAAGAAAAACCCUUUGGAGAACUGCAAAUAUUCUCACCUUCUGAAAAGGCAAUCUGGUUUAUCUGAGAAUCUCUUCUUUAAUUUCUCGAACAAGAAAACACUUGAAACUUUAUACACCAACAAAGGACCAAGAAGCAGCCCUUUUCUCUCGUCAUUUUCUAGGAUAAGUGACAAACUGCUGGAAGCUGAAAAUCUCAGAAGUCUGAAAGAAGAUGCCAGUGAUGAAGGGCCUCCUUGCUCCACAAAAUACAUUUUUGGAAAGCAUAGCAAACCACUUUGAUGGAACUCACAGUAAUUUUCUUCUGGGAAAUGCUCAGGGUUGCCAUGAUUACCGCAUCGUCUACUGCUCUGACGGAUUUUGUGAGUUGACCGGCUUUGUUAGGACUGAGGUGAUGCAGAAAACGUGCACCUGCAGCUUCCUCCACGGCGCUGAGACCAGUGAUAGUGUGAUGGAUCAGGUGCACAAAGCUCUGGAGGGGCAGCAGGAGUAUCAAGGAGAGGUCUGCUUUUACAGAAAAAAUGGAAAUCAGUUUUGGUGUCUCCUGGAUAUUGUCCCAAUUAAAAACGAGAAGGGGGAAGUUGUGCUGUUUCUGCUGUCCUUUAAAGAUGUCAGUGAAUCGUAUGGGAAAAGCCGUCCCUACAUCCAUGAAGAUGAGGCCACUAAAGAACACAGAAAAAACAGCCGAUCAUACUUUAUUCGAGCUCAAGAAAGGGGUAGGACUGUGCUUCACCGCCUGAAUAACGCGUUUACAAAAAGAGGCAAUGGAAAAUUGAGCAAUAGUAUGUUUGAGAAGCCCUCCCUGCCUGAGUACAAGGUGGCCUCUGUGAAGAAGUCGCGUUUCAUCCUGCUGCAUUACAGCAUCUUCAAGGCCAUGUGGGAUUGGCUGAUUCUGCUGGCGACUUUCUACGUCGCCGUCACUGUUCCUUUCAACGUCUGCUUUGUCAGUCACAAUGAGGGUGGAGAUCAUCUCUCACUUGUCACUCGCAGCACCACCUGGAGCGACAUAGUGGUGGAGAUGCUCUUCAUAGCAGAUAUUAUCCUGAAUUUUCGCACCACAUACGUGAGCCAGUCGGGUCAGGUGGUGUAUGAUGCACGAUCCAUCUACCUGCAUUACUUUACUACCUGGUUCUUUGUGGAUCUGAUUGCAGCUUUGCCAUUUGACCUUCUCUAUGCUUUUAACAUCUCAGUGACGUCACUGGUGCACCUUCUGAAGACGGUUCGUCUGCUGCGCUUGCUGCGCCUUUUGCAGAAACUAGACCGCUACUCCCAGUACAGCGCGGUGGUCCUCACAUUGCUCAUGUCUGUGUUUGCCCUGCUGGCCCACUGGAUGGCCUGCAUCUGGUAUGUCAUUGGACGUAAGGAGAUAGAAAGCAGUGAUCCUGUUACCUGGGAUAUAGGAUGGCUUCAGGAGUUGGGAAAGCGUCUGGAGACACCAUACAUCAACAGCACCAUUGGUGGACCCUCCAUUCCCAGCGCCUACGUCGCCUCCCUUUAUUUCACCCUCAGUAGCCUUACCAGCGUAGGUUUUGGCAACGUUUGUGCAAACACAGAUGCAGAGAAAAUCUUCUCCAUCUGUAUUAUGCUGAUUGGAGCCCUGAUGCAUGCAGUGGUCUUUGGCAAUGUAACAGCUAUUAUCCAGCGCAUGUACUCACGGCGUUCACUCUACCACACUCGCAUGAAGGAUCUCAAAGACUUUAACCGCGUGCAUCGACUCCCUCAGCAGCUAAAGCAGAGGAUGCUGGAGUACUUUCAAGCUACCUGGUCGGUCAACAACGGCAUAAACGCAAAUGAGCUGUUGCAUGACUUCCCAGAUGAACUGCGAGCAGAUAUUGCCAUGCAUCUGAAUAAAGACAUCCUGCAGCUGCCUGUGUUUGAGAGAGCCAGCAGAGGGUGUCUGCGCUCUCUCUCCCUGCACAUCAAGACUUCCUUCUGUGCACCGGGGGAGUACCUCAUCCGCCAUGGAGAUGCCCUGCACGCCAAUUAUUUUGUUUGUUCCGGUUCUCUUGAAGUCUUGAAAGAUGGUAUGGUCCAAGCUAUUCUGGGAAAAGGUGACCUGAUAGGGGCUGACCUGCCAGAGCAUGAUCAGGUGAUCAAGACAAAUGCAGAUGUGAAGGCUCUUACCUACUGUGACUUGCAGUACAUCAGUGUUAAGGCUUUGAGGGAGGUCCUCAGGUUGUAUCCAGAGUACGGCAGUCGCUUCAGCUCUGACAUCCACCACAACCUUACCUACAACCUGAGAGAGGGCAGUGAGCCUCAUGCAGUAAAGAGAUUUCCAAGGACUCCGAGGCAAACUCUGGCUCACCUCUCUUUGGAUAACAAAUUACCCUACGUCAUUGAGACAGAUGAUGAAGAACAAGCGGAUGACAUCAAACAUUCGUGGCGGAGCAGAGCACCUCUGCUACAAGGUUCUGGCAGUCCUGUUCAAAGUUCCCGUCUCAGUACUUUAGGGCAGGAGCUGCAACACAUCCAUCCAUUUCGAUCACCUGCUCCUCAACGCCAAGGCUGCAUCGUCUCUCCUAAGUCCUUUGACGAGUUCUCCCCAUCCCAUUCUCUCAGCCUCAAAAAAGAAUCAGGUUUAAGUCAUUGGCCGUCCAAGUUAAUGCUUCCUUCCUUGUCUUGUGCUAGUCCUUUAAACCUGAGCCCAAGAGUUGUGGAUGGAAUCGAAGACAACAGCUCCACAUUUCCUUUCAAUAUAGAGCAGGAUAAGAGGCAAACAAAUGUGUCAGAAGAAUUACAGAUGAAUGGAAACCUGCUAGCUGAGACAGAAGACAUGAAACGGAACAUGACCCAAUUAAAUAAAGAGGUAAACACCUUAAAUGAGGAAGUCUCCAAUCUGGUGAAGGAGCUCCAUGACAUAAUGCAAUUCCUGCAGUCAAAUAUGCCCAUGCUUCAUCAUGUCUCUCCUCCUGGGUCCACAAGUUCCAGCAACUGGCAGCCUCAUGUUUCUUUAGAUUCAUCUAAUGAGCUACACCUACGUCAUGAAACGAUUAGCUACCCAGAUAGAAGUGCAUGGGACUGCGGUGGAAUGCAGUCACACAGCAGAGCUCCCACUUUGCUGCAUUCUUCAAGCUCUGUGUCCGCCUUGCAUGUAUGCUGCUCUGACCGAGAUGGAACAGCUGAUAGGCUGCAGAGCCAGUAUAGUCCAUUUCAAACACCCAGAGUCACCCCCAGUUCCCCUUAUGCAACCCAUCCUCAAAACCUUGUUGGUUCGUCCCUCCUUGGCAUUAACUCAGCUUUCAGCAACUUCCCAGUGAUCUGCCAGAGCCAACAAGGUGUCUACAAUACAUCUAACCCCUCAAAAGAUAACACUAAUCCAGUAUGUUCUACAAUAAAUUGUGGUCAUUCUCAUCUUCCAAGGAAUUUUCUAACAGGCUCACAAAAUCUUGGCAGUCCCCAGACACAAAUUCAUUCUUCCACAAGUCCCAGUGGACAGCUUCUGUAUCACACAGCCUUCAGCUCUCUGACAUCCUCACCGUCCACAGAGCUUAAGAAGAGCCAGCAGAUCUCUACAAGACAAAAUGACCCAGUGGGAUCAAGCCCUGUCCGUCACUCACAGGACCACGCGUGUUCUUUGCUGUGGCAGCUUUCAGACAGAGAGUUUGGAGGCUCCAUUCACCAAGCGAGGACAGAUAAUUACGGAACAAGUGAAAAUGUAUUAGAAAAAUUACAACAUCAGUGAAAUAUGUUAUUUAUUUAUCAUAAUGUCGUGCUUGUUACAAAGUUAAAGGACUGUUCUUUUCUAAAUAAAAAGUGUAUUC